GUUAGAAUGGAAAACUACCACAUUCUUGGCCGGAUUGGUGAAGGAGCACACGGUAUAGUGUACAAAGCUAAACGUAUUCAAAGUGGGGAUCUGGUGGCAUUGAAGAAAGUUCCUCUCAGAAAUUUGGAGGAUGGUUUUCCUACGGAGGUUUUGAGGGAGAUCAAGGCGCUCCAGCACAUUGACUUUCAUCCAAAUAUCGUGAAGUUACGAGAAAUAUUUCCCCACGGCACAGGAUUCGUACUUGUAUUCGAGUAUAUGUUAUCAGAUUUAUCAGAAGUAAUCAGAAAUUCGGCGUAUCGACUGACAGCCGGACAGAUCAAAAGUUACAUGUUGAUGUUACUGAAAGGGAUCAGCUUUUGUCACUCAAACAAUAUUAUCCAUCGGGAUCUGAAACCUGCCAACCUUCUUAUCAGCUCCACUGGUCACUUGAAGAUAGCAGAUUUUGGCCUGGCGAGAGUUCACGACAACUCCACCCAGCGGUGCUACUCUCAUCAGGUAGCCACUAGAUGGUACAGAUCUCCAGAGCUGCUCUACGGAGCUCGACUCUACGACUCUGCAGUGGACAUAUGGGCAGUGGGCUGCAUAUUCGGGGAGAUGCUGAACAACUCACCCCUGUUUCCAGGAGAGACGGAUAUUGAGCAACUGUUCUGUGUGUUAAGGGUACUGGGUACCCCCACCAGUGAGAUUUGGCCAGUCAUGACGUCACUACCGGACUACAACAAGAUCACAUUUGAACACUGUGUCCCGAUCCCUUUGGUGGAGGUGGUGCCAGAAGCGAGCUCUGAAGCAGUUGACCUCAUAUCACAGUUCCUGGUGUACAAUGCAGCUGACAGACUGCCGGCUGCUCAGGCACUCCUACACCCGUGGUUCUUCAUAGAACCUCUACCAGCACACCACUCGGAACUACCUAUUCCUACCCGUCACAACAAGAAAGCUGCUCAUGAUAUUGACAUUGAUAUCCCCGUGGAGAGGAAGAUGUGUAACCCUGUCCUCUUUAACGUUAAUGCGAAGUCUGUGGUGGAGUCUUAGCAGCUUAUGUUAGAGUGUGUUAGAGUGUGUGGGAGUGGUGUUGGGGUGGUAACUGUGUUAGAGUGGUCACUUUCUUGGCUGAAUUGUUUGGAGCACUGGUUCUCAGUGAUACCAAGUUUGUUGCGGUACAUUAGGCAGGAUUACGUUGUCUAAUGAUGCAUUAUGUUCUAUCUACAUUUGUUUUCCAGUUAUCAGAUGACCGCUACUUGACCGCUUUUGAUCUUUCGUCGAACCAUACGUUGUCACAGCGUUAACUUGAACACAACGGAAAAUAUUUUGAAAUCAAAUUUUAUUGUUAACUUUAUAUAGUUUUAAUUUUUAAAGCUUUUCCGUAUUUCUCACCUCCCAGCCCAUUUUGUUAUGUACAGUUAACAUGUUUAAUAUUUAUUAUUAAUGUAAAUAUUAUUGUUCAGACGAUCAGAAAUAUCAGUUAU